UGUUGAACAUGGCAACCACUGGAAUUCACAGCCUUUCUAUGUUCAGAAAUGGGUGUUUAAAGUCACCCGUUGACCCUAGAACUGGGCUGCAAUCAUCCUUGACCGAUAGAGCAAAGUAUGCAAAUGAAAAACACAAUGAAGAUCCCGGCCAGGGCCUAGACAGUGACCAAGAAAAUAGGGAACCAAAAGCUGAAAACACCAGCAACAGUUCAGAUUUUUUGAACUCUUCAACUUCUUCUACCACUGCUAAACUCAUUGAAAAUUUAACCCUUGGCGAUAUGUCUGAUGACGAAUUUUACAACAAGUUAAUGACACUGAAAAGUGAACAUAGGCGAACGCUGGCAAUGUGUGAGAAGAUGUAUGAGGAAAAACUGAGCAGUGAAGGAUUUGGGUCGACUGCAUCGUUGACUCUGGGUGUUGGCAAACUUGCACCUGGUCCAUCGCCAACUUUGGAAACAAUGGGAAGAGACUAUGGACUCAGUAAUGAACAACCUGUUAAUACUAGCAGUGACACAUUUAACCAAAGUUUGGAGAUCACUGGUCUGCGAAAAAGUACAGAGAAACCUCCAAGGGCACCAAGAGUGGCAAGAGACCAAGUACGAGACAUGGGCUCGAAAGCGUCAACUUCUCAUGACGAACGACACGAAUCGCCAAGGACGUCAGAGUCUGCAGGUCGAUAUACUCUGAAAACUGCUUGGACGGAGAAGCCAUCUCGUUCCGAUGACUAUUGGAAACGAAUAAGUGACAGCAGUGGAGAUGAAGCCCCAGAUUACGAUAGGAACAGAUACACAGAACAUGUCAGGAACGGAUAUGAAGAUGAGAGAUUUAUACGCAGUCGCCCACAAGAACUCGCCUCUGCUAUGACUCGUAUUGACGACAUGUGGGAUAAUUUCUCUGUUGAGGAAUAUGCUCCAAGAACAGCUGCCAGAUCAACUACUCGAUCCUCUACAAGACAACAACCUUCCUCAAGAGCGUCAAGAAGCUUGGACAGGCGAGAGAGGCCAAGGAGUGGUACACGUGAUCGUUCGAAUUCCUUAGAAGACACGUGGCGACACCGCAUCACCAUCCCUAAACCUUUCAGCAUGACAGUCCGUGAAGAAACGAAACCGAAGAUGACCUCAAGAUCCAUUGCUCAAUAUCAAGAAGAAAAGAUGAAGGAGUUGCAAGAAUAUGAUGCUGAAUGCCAGAAGACGUUCAAAGCCACACCCGUCCCAGCGCAUGUCUACUUACCGCUGUUUGAUGAAAUCAAUGAGAAGGCAGAAACGAGGAGACGCGUCAAUAAGGAGCUCAGCAAGGAAGUCCUAAAGUCAAUGGAGAAGCCUUUCAAAUUUUUGAAGCGGGAUGAAAGCAAGAAGAGCCACAACUGCCACGAGCGGACAAGGUCUGCUCCACAGAAGAAAAGUAAGGUGUUCAAAGCCAAGCCUGUCCCAAACGAUGUCUACGACAACACUGUGUCUGAGCGUAUUCGUGAAGAGGAGGAAUAUCGCAAAAUACGAAUCAAAAUGAGAGCCCAGGAGUUGCAGCGUGCGUCGUCUUUACCUCCGAAUAUGGCUGCUAGGGGGAGUGACUACGUGGCUGGGAAAUUCAAGUUCAAACAAACUGGGGACAAGGCUGCCAAAUAUGGUAUUGAGAAGGAACCGAAAUUCCAGCCAAAGAUCAAAGAGAAGGUUCCCGAUUUUGAAAGAAUCCACCGCAAACUACAGAAGGAGAUGAUCAACCAGAAAGACCGAAAGGAAGCAACCGUUUGCAAACCUUUUAAUCUUCGAACGAGUUCCAUUGAAAGAAAUGUUGAUAAAGUUGUUGAUGAUAUGAUGAGAGAUGAGCUGCUGCUGAAAGAGAACAGAUGGCCGUAUCAGAAUUCACGGUCGAGGCCAAGAUCUGGAUCUAUUGGCUCUCUGACUAUGGAUAACAUUCCCUCCAAGCUAACCAUGUCACAAGAGCUCCGAUCAAGUGCUAACAGAGAAAAAAUAGCCGAGCUGACAAGGAAAGAGCAAGAGGUUAUGGAUAAGAAACGAAGGCAGCGAGAAAAAGAAAAGCAAUUGAAGAAAAUGAUCGCCGAAAAGGGUGUGGCUGUAGCUCCGGAGAAAGAAUCGCCAGCUGAGAAACUUCGAAAAUAUAGGGAAGCGGAGCGUGCCCGUCGAGAGGAAUAUGAGCAUGAACUUCAGUCUAUGAAAGAGAGAGUGGACAACAGACCCUAUCUGUUUGAACGACAGUCACAGAUCAAUGCAAGAAAACAGGCAGAGAAGCGUUACUCAGCAACAUUGAGAAGUGCAGGCGUGAGCGAAGAAUUUAUCAACAAAAAAGGAUCGGAAGCAACUGACCUCGACUACGAGAACGACGAUGUGGACGAUUAUGACGAUGACUUCAACUCGUAUUCGUAUGAAAAGACGGCGUCACGACAAGACACAGUUUCCCGGGACAGACAGGAUGACUUGGAAGAUGAUGGGGCCGCUUCGGAUGAGGUGGAUGAGGAUUUAGAUGAGAGUGCUGAUGAAGCUUGAAAUGACUCUCAUAGGCUAAACUGGUAGUUCUUAUUCUAAUUUCAUGUGGACACUAGAAAGAUUUAGGAACUUAGAUUGAAUAACUACUUUGGUGACUACUUUGAUAGUAAGCUCAACACAGUUAUUAGCCAUGUGAUGGUGGUUCUUGUGGUUUUCUUUGUAUUUACCUAUUUUGGUUUACAAAAGUCGCCCAAGAGUUUUUUCAGGUGUUCAACCUCUUCCUGUUCAGGGCAAGUCAUUCUCCACUGGGUGAAGUGGAAAUAUCUUUCCACAAUAAACUUCUAAGGGAUGGUACAUUUUGUAACCUUUGGAGUAAGAAGAUUGUCUUAGAAUAUCAGAAUUUAAAUGAUUUAGUGAUUAUAUAUACAAGGAUAUUAGGUUGAGAGUCCAAUGAAUUUUCAGUUACUAAACUAUGUCCGACAGUCCAUGUUAAAGGGCUCAACGGAAAUUUUCUGCAUUUGGGCUUUUCGUUUUUGAUAUGGUAGUGCUGUAAAAGUUGCUUUUAGUUUUGAUGUUUCAAUGUCAUUCACUGCUGGCUGUUAUGAAUUAAAAUGGUAUUCUUCAUGUAUGUUAUGUUCAUCUAGCACUAUGGAUAAGAUAAUAGUAUUGUUUGCACAUUUGAUAUCCCAGAGCAGUUUUCUUUUGUAGUUGCCUGCUGGUUCAGGAUGACUUAACAGAACAGUAUAAGAUUGUACAGGAAGGAUAGAUGAUGCGACCUGGUGUGCCUUCAUAUUUGACAGCCAACACGUGGCCAUGAACAAUGGUGUUAUGUCAUUGAAGCACCACUGAGGUGCUCAUAAAAUGUGUGCUACAUCCUCUGGUACAUGUAUGUGACAUCAUUGUUGGACUGAGGUAAUGUAAUUUUGCCAUCAACGUUUGCAGUUAAACUGACAUCUUCUGCUGUCCAUGGCUACCAGUUUGCCAGCUGUCAUGGGUGGCGGUGAUGACAUCAUCUCAUCCCUAUCCAUGUAGGAGGGUCUUUAUAUUGCAGGACAUACACAAUACGAGUCAAACCGUCCCUAAGUCAAUUGAUAUGAAGUGCUUCCCAACAACACAUUCUGUGCCUUUUGAUUCUUGUCUUCGAAAAACUUAUCUUUUUUACCCAUGUGGUUUGCUGUCAAAGUAAUGCUUGGACUAAUUGCCUGCUGAUGUACAGUUAUAGCGUGUAUGUUGAUACUUCUCAUCAAAUAUCUAAAAGCCUUUAACAAAAUGUAGAUUGCACAACAAAUUUUUGAGCCUUACUCCAGCAAAUGAUGUUGUAUCUAGGCUCAUAUUUAUGCCAGAAUUAUGAUGCAAAAGCUCUGCAGACACUAAAUCAGAAUGAUUCAUUUCAGUAUGAUUGCUGAGAUCCUGGUGGAGAUUACAUGUAAGUGUUGAUAUUCAGGUCGGUUGAUGACAUGUAGGCCUAUGUUUGGUCAGUAUUUUGAAAACGCAGAAAAAUGAGAGAAAAUUUAAAGCACGUCUGCUUGAGUUGAGGUAUGACCGUGGACUGACGUAAUUCGUCAGAGCAGAAUCUUUUCACUGCAUGGGUUUGUUAUAAUUGGUCAGUAGUUCAACACCAUGAGUACUUGAUGACAUUCAUUAAGAUUUGUAAAUUUAAUGUAUUCUAGCGCCAAAAUUUGUAUGUACUAUAAUACUAGACUGUUUGUGUGUACCUCAAUAUAUUUUAAGACUAUGAGUUCAAAGAUUUUUUAUCUGCUUCAGUGGUUUGGCAUUGAUAACUCCUUUGAGAGAGGUACUUAGUGAAGACAAUGAGGUGUACAGUUCUUCUGUCUUAGCCUGUAGUUGAUCUAUAGGAAAUAACUAAAACCAUACAAAAUAAAAUUGUUAUUUUUGUAUUU